AUGACCACAAACUUCGACUUCUAUGUCGAGCAAUUCUCCGACAGCAAGGCUGUCUGCCAAUCUAUCCGAGACUGCUUGGUCGUGACGAUUCUUUUCUGCAGUCACGCCAUUUCACUCCUCAAUAGACAUUCUUUUUUCGCGCCGCCUAGCGAGCAGCUCGAGACGAGUCUUGACGAUUACAUUCAGAGAUUGAGAACACUGGUCAAGCGUGUCACGAAAAACGUGAAUGACGAGGACCUUCGACGCCGGUACACCAAAUCAUCGUGGAUGCCGAGCACCUCGGGGUUUACAUCUAUGAGUCGGGCGGAGAACCCUGAUUUCUCUGGACGGGAGGAUGUCAUUCGGUUCAUGAACGACCGCACACCCUCCACUAUUAGUAGCAAUCAAGGCUCCACGCGACGCGGCGGGGUGCUGCUUUACGGCCUCGGGGGAGUUGGCAAGACGGAGAUCGCCUGUCACUACGUCUAUCUCCACAAAGACGAGUUCAACUGGAUCUUCUGGUUCGCAGCGGACACCGAGGAGAAGUUGAGAACAGAAGUGGCUCACAACUUGUCCAUGCUAUUGCAGCUCCCAGCGGACAAAACCCAGGCGAAUGCCGCGUUGUUUUUCCAAAACUGGUUGAGGGAGAAUACUCGAUGGCUCAUUGUAUUCGACAACGUCGAAAGCCAGGCCUUGCUCGCGGCGUACUGGCCUACAAUGAUGAACGGGGUCGUUAUCGUUACCAGCAGGAAUCCCGACGUUGGCGACCGCUUGGUCCAGGCAGAGAGCAUGAGGAAACUGGAGAAAAUGAGCUUGGCCGAAGGGACUGGCCUAUUGAAGAGCAUUCUGGCCAUGAAAGACGACAGUAGUAGCGCGGAAGAGACCAACGCUGCACGUAGUCUUUCAGACCUAGCAGACGGGCUCCCACUUGUCCUCGUUGCCGUCGCGGGGUUUGUACGACAGCACCAGAGCAGCCUGACCGAAGCCUUUGCGGUGUUCCAAUCAUCCAAGGAUCUUCUUCAGCUAAAAGACCCCGUUGAUACCGACGAAUCCGUGCUCCGUAAGGUCUGGGCCAUGAGUCUGUCCAAGCUGCGGCCGGCGUCAUCACAGUUGCUGGAUAUCCUCGCCUUCUUUGACCCCGACUCAGUGGCUGAGAAUCUGGUUCUCGGCGUCUCUGGCAGCUCCGUCAACGGUACUCUCUCAGCCGCUGUCGAUCGCGACUUUUUGGCAUCCUUUGGGGGUCUGCGACUAUACUCGUUUGUGCACCGCCAUAAUGGGGUUCUUUCCGUACACCGACUGGUUCAAGAGGCCGUGCUCGAUGCCAUGACAAUCGAAAAACGUACAAGAACGUUCCAAGCCGUGACGCGGUACAUCCAUGCCUCCUUCCCGCGCCAAUCCGAGCAAGGAGCCUUGAUGUCCGGCUCAUGGGAUGCGUGCGAGGCAUACUACCUACACAUUGUCUCUCUCGAGCAAAAAUUUCGGCUCCAUCCUGUUCAACUGCCUCAACCCAUUGAGUUUGCGGAACUCCUCUAUCACUGCUCCUGGUACCUCUACGAAAGAGGGUUCUUCGCUCGCGCACUACAGCUAGCACGAACGUGCAAAGAAAUCUGUGAAAAAAGCACCCAGGAGUCGCGCCUGCUGCUGGCUAAUUCAUGGACCACAAUCGGCGGCGCGGCAAUCGAGCAGUGCGACAACGAACUGGGCUACAACAGCCUCAAGGAAGCGCUGAGGCUCCGUGAAAGCGCCGUCGCCGACGGCCUGAUGGAUGCGAGCCAUCCGCAAAUUGCAAACUCCUACAUGAGGGUUGCUGCUGCUGCCGUGGGCUUUGGACGCGUCGAGGAAGCGCAGCGGCUGAACAAGACGUCAAUUGAGAUUCGCUCGCGCGAUCCUUCCUCUCAGCUUCAGAUGCUGGCAAUGUCCUAUCAUAACCUUGGGAUCUCUUACCUUGCCGCUGGGCAGCCGGAGGAGGCUCGCAAGGCCCUGGAGAGGAGUCAGGAAAUUGUGCAUGGGUCAGAGGGCAAGUUCGAGGACAACCACGUCAUUGCAAUGGAAACGCGCAUAUUCUACUGCAUGGGUAAUAUCUGGCUGGCCCUCGGAGACGUGGAGAAAGCGCGCAUCGAACACCAAAGGGCCUUGACGAUUCGGAUGAGAUAUUUCGGAAACAGCCACCACCUGACGGCGUGCUCACAGUAUAAGCUGGGCUGCAUCGCAGAAUAUGCGCAAGAUUUCGCAAAAGCAAGUCAGUAUUACAGGGAGUCUGUACAAAAGUUACGACAUGUCAAGUCGGAAUUCGGUAUAUUGCUCGUUCGAUCCCUUAUCACGACUGGGAUGCUGCAGUUGAAGCAGGGACUUACGGAUCAAGGUGACGCAUCAAUGAAGGAAGCUCAGGAGGUGUUUCGGGCCAGGAUGGGGAGAGACUUGCCUUUGGAUGACGCGCUAUCUUUCAUUAACAGCCUCAUCAACCCCUUCAUGAAGUGA